UGAAACGGCAAAUAUAUAUAAACUUACAAACGAAAAUAGUGCGGAAUAUAUUUUUCAGCGCAAUGGCGCCUGCCUUGUUAAAUGCAACAACAACAACAGCAGCAGCAGCAGCAACAACAGCAACCACAUUAGUGAACAUAUUUAGCACUACAACAGUAGCGCCAGCUGUGACUUAUAGCUGGACUGGUCAGAACAAUGUCACCAUUUGGGACAAUGAGCCUGGCUAUGUGUACUUCUAUUCCAGCUAUGUGUGCUAUGUGGUGUUGGUGUUUCUAUUUAUUAUACUGCUGCCUUUGGCACUAAUAGCGAGCUCCAUGCAACGCAAGCGUCGCGAUGCUGAACGUCGUUUGGCCGCACAAAGAUUACAAGCACGCCGUCAAAUGGAACUUAGCGUCACCAGCAAUGCUACACACAUGGACAACAGCUCCGUUGCUAACACUGAAGCUAACAAUGACAUGAGCAUAUUGCCCAAGGGCAUGGAUCUGCCGCCCAGCUAUGAUGAGCUCUCGUUGAAGCCAGUGGGCGCCUCAACGCUUACCAUUACCACCAAUCUGUCAGCCAGCAAUCCAGCGCUGAACGAGCCGCCACCAGAGUAUGAGCUAACCACCAGCACCACGACUACCACUACAGUGGUCAUCAAUAACAACAGCAAUCAAUAAAAAAAAGUUAAUCCAAAAUUGUUUGCCAUAAACGUUACA